UUGUUCCGUUUGUACCUGAUAGUCGAUCAUACUCACUUACUUAGGACACUGAAUCUGUUCCCUAUUCUCUGUGUUAUCAUAGUAUUCUUUCUUUCUUUCGUAUCAUCAGUAACAUUCUACAUUGGAUAUAGUGAGUUUGACCCGAGUAGCCUUCCGUUCAAUCUUUCACAGGAGCAAUUGGAUUACAUGUCAACGAGGACAGCUCUAUCUUACCAUUUGAAGACUUUCAAAGAAAUAUUCUAUCCCGUGUACUUCGUUUCGUUGAUUCUGCUAGUUGUAGUAAUGGGUUCAUCAACUGCAUUUGAGAUCGUUCGUACCAUCCAUAAGAAACAAAGCCUUAUGUCUACCGGAGCAUGCAGUCAUCAUCUGAAAGUGCUGAAGGUUCUAACGAUUCAGGUGGUUUGUACGGUAUCAGUAUCUUGCUGUGCUCCUUUCGCAAUAGCCCUGUCGAUCUUCAUCCCUAUAAGUUCAACCGUAAUUUAUGGUUGCUCGUUACUGUUGGGUACUAACUCUAUGGUCCAAUCUGUUCUCACCAUCUGCUUAAACCCAGUUUCCCGGAGAACUGUUCUGACUCUCAUUGGCUUGCACAAACCUGAAGCAAGGAAGACUACUGUCCGAGUAGAUGCAAAGUAG